UCAUUCCAGUUACUUAUUGUUUUUUUAUUAAUUGAUUUCUGUGGCGUUUUCUUAGAUUUAAACUUGUCCGUUCUAACUACGGAGGACUAUAAGUUAGGAGACGAAAGGAGAUUUUUUUCAAGUAACUAGUGAAUUGGUUGGAUUUAAUUUUUUUUAUGAUUUUUGGCCCCGAAACGGUCUAACGCUCGAAGCACUCUCAGUUUUACUCCAUCGUACUAUUUUUUUGGGUUCAGAAAACCUCUCCUUUUGUCUCCUAAGUUGUAGUCCUCCGUAGGCAGGACAUUGGUCUCUAACUCUUGGUAACAUUUUUUGAAAAUGUUUUUUUAUGUGAUGCCUUCUACAUUUUUUUAAACUUUUAAUAAAGAAGCUUGAAGGCAAAAUCAAGGGGUUGUGCUUUAGUGACAUUGUCAAAAAUGGGAUUUUUUACCGAACGUUGUUUCUACACAUUUAUCAUCGUAUUUCUGGCAGUAUUUGCAAUUGUAGUCCCGAUUCUUAUAAUACAAUUGGGAAAAAAGCACCCACAAUACGUCUACCUAUUUAAAGACCUGGAGUCGCGCCACACAAAAUCAAAAAAGCUUCCAACAUCACCCCCAGACCGAUAUUACUCUCUGAGCGAACUGGAUGAAUACUUGAACAAUUUUGUGACUCGUCGUGAUAUUUUAUUUUCGAUCAAUGCAAUUGGUGAGACUGAAUAUUUCGCCAAUCCGAUUUAUGAAGUCAGUCUGGCGAAAAAGGGAGAUCCCAAGCCCAUGGUGCUCAUAGUGGCUGGGAUACAGGCCAAGGACUGGACUAGUGUGUACACCGCGAUUAACAUGAUGCAUCUGUUUUUUGCGGACCUUCGGGGAACCACCAAGAUUUUGGAAAAAUUCAAUUUUCAUUUUCUGCCGCUGUUGAACCCUGAUGGGUACCACUUGGCCACGACUUGGGUAAAAAACGGCAAGUUUUGCCCGGGUUUAUUUUUUUUACAGCCGAUUUAUUCGAACUGGAUUAACAAUACCAGUAAUUACGACGAGACUGCUGAUGUAAUAAAAAGUCCUCAAGGAAAUAGCGUUUUGUAUGACUUUGGGCAAUCUUCGGGGAAAACCGAAGAAGCCAAAAGCUUCAAAGAGUACUUUAACGAACACAAGAGUCACAUAAAAGCCGUCUGUUUUCUAUUUUCCCCCACGAACGUGUCAUUCAACAACUCAAAAAAAUACUUUCAGUUCUCGAAAGAGUAUUUGGAUAAGGAUGAAGAUCGGGAGAAAUUUUUGGAGGAGGUGGCAAGUAAAUUAUCUCAGGACAGUUCUUCCUUCCAGUAUGUUACAUAUUUAGACGAACCCUCGAAAAACAGGAUUGAUAAUUGGAUAUCAUCCAAAAGUUCGAAGCCUGUUUUAGUGAUGAACUUCAUUGCCGAUUUCGGGCCACGUGCUGCGGAAAUCCUUUCGAAGAUUUCACGAACGUACGCCCGCCAAAUCCACGCCAUUAUCACAAAAGUUGUGACCUCGCUCCAGGCCAAGUUUAAAAAUUUUUGAACUUGGCGCCGCAGUCAGGGACUUUCGCUGUCGCGACCCGAGUUGAGGUUAUGUCAGUUGUUUUUGAAAAAAAUGCUUGAAUUGUACGAUUUUUUAAAUGAUGAGAGUGAUAAAACGAGUUUUUCUAUGUUUGUCUCGAUUUUGUGUCUCAAAGUGUUGUACAUUAUCGGAAUGACUUUUUACAUCAUGUCGAGAUUUACUGAAAUUUUGUCUUAAAAAUGUUCUACGUUAAAAAUCCUUCCGCUCUCAACAAGCCGUGGAUUUUGUCCAAAAAAGGCGACGAAAAUGUCGUUGCAAUCCCGCUUGAAGUUUGCAGACUUUUAAAAAACUACCAUAUAAUGACAAUUGAGUUUCUCUACCACAACUACCGGAAAGGGGUCAAGGGGGCGGUUUUGAACCAACAGCGCGGGAUGAAUUUCAGUUUACAGAUUGGGGCGUUUCUCAGAGCUAUUGUGCAAAGUCCGGCCCUUAUUUUGGUUAUUUGUAGUAGAGAAUCGAGUUGUUACUGGCAUUACCACCUGGUAAACCACGCCGGUUUUGACGUCGUUCAAAUAACUUCAAAAAAGGUGGUUGUAGACGCUGAUGAUACUUACGAGAGCAAUAACAAAAUAGCUUUACUUGUAACACAUGACUGCUUGAAACUAUGCGAGGGGCUACUCGAUUGUGACUUUUUUUCCGUCAUUGUGGAGGAUUUGGACCAACUCGCGCUCAAACGAAUUAUUAAAAGACUGAAUGGGACGUUCAAUGUGGGGCUCACAACUCGGAGUUUUUACACACAUCCCGAUCAAAAAUUGCAAUGGAACAUGUUGAACUGGGCCAACCCCGGCUGUGUCGGCAAAUUAAACGACUUCUACGAGGCCGACAACCGCAAUUUCGAACGAUUUGACGACAAUUACCGUUACUGGUGGAUGAGACUGACUUGGGACUUUUGCGAAUCGUUUGAAAAACCCACCGACGAGGAAACCGACACUUACGAGAGGAAAAUAUCAGAGUGGGCUUCCCAAAACGACUUAAACUUUCCCAAAAAACAAUCACGCAAACGUAAACACCCCCCAAAGACUGAACCACCUCCAGAGAACGACAGCUCCAACGAUACAAUCAUCAACGAAGUGCCAAUUGAUAAAUACGUCAAGUUGCCCAGCAUGGACGAGAGCCCUAUUGUCACUUCCAUUAUUAAAAAUUUUGAGAUUUCUCCCGAACCGAUUCUCACUCGUACGUCUUCGUUGCCAUAUACUCAAACUCACGCGAGUUACUCCAAGUAUGAAGAAGAUAGUGUGCUGUUUGCGUUUUUGGAUGAUAAGGAGCGGCCCAGCACUUCAAAAAGCGAGUCAGAGGAGUUCAUUCUGAGUUUGAUCAACAAGUCGGAAGACGAAUCAAAAGAUAUUCGGAAAAAGGCUGAUGCUGUCUUGCAGAAUUAAUUGGCAUUCCUUUGGGACAAGACUGGCGCUUUUAUUACAUUUUUAUUGUGGCUUUUAUUGUAUUUAUUAGAUUCGUAAUAAACCGUGCGGCUUUGACCAUUUCA